CGUGAACAAUAGCCCCACUCAUGGACACGCAUAUCUUUUUAAUGUUUUUUUUUUUUUAACUCGUCUUUGGCGUCCUUAGCAACGGCCUUGAGCACUUAGCAACGGUCGCGGGACUGACGUCCGACCGCUACCGCAUAUCUCAGGUUCUCAGGUGUGCCGAUGUUUUCUUGAAGACUAAGAAAUAAAGAGCAGCACCAUGGGUCGUAAAGUAGUGGUAGCGACUUCGUGCUUGAAUCAGUGGGCCAUGGAUUUCCAGGGUAACAUGGAUCGCAUACUAGAUUCAAUUCUGCAAGCAAAAGCAGCUGGUGCCACAUACAGAAGUGGUCCAGAAUUAGAAGUACCUGGUUAUAGUUGCUGUGACCACUACUAUGAGAGUGAUACUGUCCUACAUUCAUGGGAGGUGGUGGCUGAGUUACUUCAACAUCCUUCUUGCACAGACAUGAUAAUAGAUGUUGGUCUUCCUGUGACACACAAGAAUGUUAUGUACAACUGUCGACUUGCCUUCCUUAAUCGGAAAAUUCUUCUUAUCCGUCCAAAGUUAACCCUCUCUGAUGAUGGCAAUUACAGAGAAUCCAGGUGGUUUACUGCAUGGCAGAAAGUUCGCCAGGUUGAGGACCACUACCUCCCCCGUAUGAUUAGCAGGAUCACGGGACAGAUUACAGUUCCCUUUGGAGAUGCUGUUAUUGCUACAAGGGAUACUUGCAUAGGCUAUGAAAUAUGUGAGGAGUUAUGGAAUCCAGAGAGCUCUCACAUUCCAAUGUCACUUGAUGGAGUGGAAAUUAUUGUAAAUGGAUCUGGUUCAUACACAGAGAUUCGCAAAGGUUAUGUGACUCAGGAUUUAAUCAAAUCUGCAACUGCAAAGUCUGGUGGAUGUUACUUGUUUGCCAACCAAAGAGGAUGUGAUGGGGAUCGUAUAUAUUUUUCUGGAGACACCAUGAUAAGCCUCAAUGGAUCAAUUGUAGCUCGUGUGACUCCAUAUAGUCUAGCAGAAGUUGAGGUCAUAACAGCCACUAUCGACUUGGAAACAAUUCGCAGUUAUCGAACGAGUUUCAGAAGCAGAUGUCUUCGUGCUUCACACAGCCCAUCUUACCCUCGUGUUCAGGUUAAUUUUGCACUCUCGGAUGAUGAAGACUUUUCCUUACCCUCAUGUGUUCCCAUUGAAUACAACUUUCCAUCCCCUGAAGAAGAAAUUCUGUAUGGGCCAGCAUGUUGGUUAUGGGAUUAUUUGAGAAGGUCUGGUCAAGGUGGCUUCCUGUUACCUUUGUCUGGAGGUGUUGAUUCUUCUUCAACUGCUACAAUAGUCUUCUCAAUGUGCCAUUUGGUAGUUAAAGCAGUUGCAAAUGGGGAAGAGAAGGUGCUGGAUGACGUAAGACGAGUUGUGGCCCAGUCGGACUAUGUUCCAAGAGAUCCUAGAGAACUUUGUAACAGACUCUUUCACACUGUGUAUAUGGCUACAGAAAACUCAUCUGCUGAGACAAAAGCUCGAGCUAAGCUUCUUGCUCAGCAAAUUGGAAGUUACCACAUCCCAGUUCUAAUUGAUAGUAUGGUGUCUGCAGCUCUGGGAAUCUUUAGUGCAGCAACUGGUCACAUACCAAAAUUCAAAAUUCGGGGAGGAACUAUACGAGAAAAUGUUGCUCUGCAAAAUAUACAGGCCCGACUUAGGAUGGUUUUAGCAUAUUUGUUUGCCCAGUUGAUGCUUUGGGUACGAGGAAGACAAGGAGGACUCCUUGUCUUGGGAUCUGCGAAUGUUGAUGAGGCUCUUCGUGGAUACAUGACCAAGUAUGAUUGUAGUUCAGCAGAUAUUAAUCCAAUUGGGGGAUUUGCAAAGAAUGAUCUCAAGAAAUUUCUGCUGCUUGCAAAGGACAGAUUGAAUCUUCCUGUACUGAGUGAAAUAUUGGGUGCUCCACCAACUGCUGAACUGGAACCUUUGCAAGAAGGAAAAUUAAUCCAGACAGAUGAAGUUGAUAUGGGCAUGACUUAUGACGAACUUUCUACAUAUGGCAAACUGAGGAAGAUUGAAUGCUGUGGUCCAUAUUCCAUGUUUGGAAAGCUGGUGCAUUUAUGGUCUGAUUGGUGCUCACCCAGAGAGGUAGCAGAGAAGGUCAAGUUCUUUUUCCGUAUGUACAGUGUCAAUCGCCACAAAAUGACAGUUUUAACACCAGCCUAUCAUGCUGAAGCCUAUUCUCCAGAUGACCAUCGCUUUGAUCACCGACAGUUCCUCUACAACUAUAGAUGGGUGUGGCAAUUCAGAGCAAUAGAUAAAGCUGUCGAAAAACUGGAGACUAGUAAAGGUCGAGAAGAUAAAGUAGAACGGAGCAGUUCCACACGAUCCAAUAGAGAAGGAUCACUUGCUUCAUUUUCUAGACCCUCUUCACGUGCAUCCAACAGCUCAUUUACUGGUUCAUCAGGUAAUGACCCACCUCGUCGUGGUGUAGAGGUCUCUGGAUGGCCAUCAGGUAAAACUGCAGAUGCCUCUUCCAUACAGAAAUCUGAGUGUAUGUCAGGGACAAAUGAAUUUGCUUUAUCCCACGAGAGGGAGACAGGUGGAAGUCUUGUCGUUACUUCAGACAAUGAAGUUAUGAAGGAAGAAAGAAAACGAAGUGGCUCGUCUUCUAUAUACAUACCUGCAGCAGAUCACCCAGCUCAAAAGUCUUUCCGAUGUGGAGAUACAGCGCCCAUAGCAAUGUAUGAGCACACCACAACCAUUCAUUUAUAAAGUUUUCUCAGGGAAUAUCAUGUUUACAGCACCGAAGCUAAAAUUAUUUGGUGCUACUGCAAAAAGAUUACUGUAUAUAAAGGACAGGUUUUAAAACAAAUUUCCUUUGUGUGACAAGCUUUAAAAAAAUGCAAAGACAUCAGAAUUUAGCACCUUUUACAAAUAUCAAUUUCGAGCUUUUUAGAAAUGUCAGAAUUUAGCAUUUUUUUUUUAAAAGUAUCAAUACAGGACAUAUUGUAAGUGGCAUUUCCACUUAUGGAAGGAUAGUGCAAGAAAUCUUAGUAUAUUGUUUAGCCAAGUCUUAAUUUUAUUUUAAAUAGUACUGCAUAAAGUAUAUAUUUUAUUUUUACUUGCUGUGUUUUAUGAGUCAGUGAUGUAAUUUUUCCUCUUAUGUUUACACAUUUGUUUUAGAUUCUUAAAUAAAAUAGUACUUUUAAGUUUAACAACUCUCAUUUUGUACAAUGAUUUUUUUUAUCUGUACAGAACAAAUUAUAUAUAUAAGCAUCAUGGCUGCUAAAAAGUAAUACUAUUGAAACUAUUUGUACUCCUCAAGGCUGUACAGAAUAGUAUUUAUAUCCACUAGUAACAAUGUGCUGUUUUGUUGGAUUCAUUAUAUUUUACUUUGUUAAAAUCACCAAUGCCAGAUUUAUAUUGCUGCUUUACCCAUAAAAUUUCUUGCAGUAUAUAAUUUUAUUUUUUCUAUAAUUGGCUAAUGCCUUUUUUUAUUUCACCUGUCACAGUACAGGGUUUCACAAGAUUCUAUCUUUGGAAACUUUGGUUGGAUGUCUUUACUGUAACAUUGCUUUAAAGGUCACUUUUCAAGCUUAUGGAUGUGGGUUUUAAUGGAAUGGUGCUUGGUGUGCUGGUGAAUGGUAAACUUUGUGGUCAUAAAUUAAUAGGGUUACUAGCUAUGUGAACAAAUAGUUCCCAGUGUCCAUCCAAGCAGAGUCAUCAGUAAUGUGCUUGGGCUAGUCUUUUCCAUUAUCAAAAGCUGAUGAAUGUUGAAGGGAAAGACAGUUGAGGUCAGUGAAGGAUUCAGACCAGAUGACAGUCAUGGAGAGGAUGGAUGUUGACACAAAGGAGGAGAAGAAGCCUCUAAUGCUGUAAUGCUGAAGUCAAAGGUUGAGGAAAGGUGGAAUGCAUAACAAGAGGAUAGCGAGUAAAAAGACAUUUGAAGAAUGAUGAGAUUUAGUGUACCAGGCUUGUCAUACCUUCUUCUCCAGCAUUUUCACAUAGCUGUAAGGUUGCAAGGACUGAACAUCUAACAGUGGCAUUCCUCGAAGUGAGAAUUUACCUCCUCUUAUGAUGUUAAUGGCAUCCACAAAUUAUACGACGAUUACUUAAAGCCAUCACCUGGGGAGCUUUUGACUUUCUCCUUGGCAACAUAUGCUCCCUCUUGCAGGCCAAUAACUCUUUGUUGGUCAGCAGUUUUUGUGACAAUUAAUGGAGCAACAUCUUAUUCUUCAACCUUGUUAAACCCGACUUGUGUGAUAACCCCAUUAUGUAUAGCCUAAAAGGUUGCUCUCACUAACAUUAUGUGAUGCCUAUAGUAUACCUUGAGUGUUGUGAUGAAUCCUUGGUCCAUAGGCCAAUGAAGAUGGUGUUGGGAAACAAAAACAAUACUCCAUUUUGUGACACUGUUCUCCAUGGCCUUUGGAUGACUGAGCAUUAUCACAGUGGGUGAAAAACCUUGUUAAGGUGUUAUUUUAUUAGGUAAUUCACAAAGGAUGUUAAAACCUAGCCAACUGUGAUUGAUGACCAUUGUUAUUCAUGCCUUCUAGUUAGACUUCCAGAUUACUCUAUAUAUGCCUUUCAUUGGUGAAUUCCUGAAAUGCCCAUUGAUUUCUUGCAGGGUAGUAUAUAUAAAGGGGCAUCUGCUUCAGAUUUCCUUCAGCAUUAGAAAGCAGGAAAUGUGGUAGAUUUCUUAGCAGUCUUGUACCUUGGAGCAAUCUUUAUUUUUAUGUAUGUAACUUGCCAAGUAAUCACAUAUAGCUGAGAGCUUCCUACCAUGGCAGUCAAAAAAAUUCAAAUUUUGUGGCAGCAUCACUUGAUUUAAGUUGAAGAUUCUCUUGCACCAUUGGACGCUCCGGCACCAGAGGACACACUUAACAUUAAAGGAAGGUCAGGUGCCAAUGGGUGCUCUUGAAUAUCUGAAGAAACAUAAGGAAAGACAGUUCCCCUCUGCUCAAGAAGGAUGCACAGGCAUCAACAGACGUUUGGGUGCCGCAUGCUUCUUAGAGCUAGACACAUACACAGAGGAAACAUCUGAUGAAGAGAGCACAGGAAGUAAAUAUCCGGCGCCAAUGGACACUCAGAACUUUUCCUGAAUGUGGCCUCACCAUGGCCUCCUCAGACUUGCUCCCAGAGGUUGACUUCCUUGACGAGGAAGAACGAAUCUUAGAGGAAGGUAUCCUCUUACUAUGUUGUUCCUCUAACACGUUGUCAUCGUGUGAAAAUCGUUCUGGAUUGUCCCAGAAGCUGCAAGGACAUUGGUCCUCUUGUAAAACACUGGCCUUCUUAGGGGGGACAGGAGGAAGCGACACAUUACGAGUCUUCGUUUUCAAUGGAUGAGACUCAUCUACAAAGCGCCAUUGGCACCUGGGGUAUGACUCCUCAGAGCUUGACAUACUCGAGGAAAGACAAGACACUUCCUUAGAGAGGCUUUUCCAAUGGCCCUCUGUCGCGACCUAGGAUGUAUCAACAGGACCUCCUGAGGGGGUGACUGUCAGUGAGCAGACCCUACUGACCUCCCUUGGGCUACCAGUAUGCCUCCUCCCAGGUGCUGGGGAGUUUGACAGGGACCUUUGCCUAGGAGAAUCUACGGGACAAACAGCCACCUCCUCCACAACACUAGCACUGGCACUCACUUCACCACCUACCUUAGCCAUUAAUGUCUUGACAGAUGCUCCAAACUUCUCCAUCGCUUGCAACAUAACAGAAAAUUUUGAUCUACUAGCACUUCGAGGCUGGCAAUGGGAUUGGGUUUGGAUGCAAGAAAGCCAGGGUUAGGCUUAGAUUGAAUAGACAAGAUGAGGGAGAAGGUUGAAGUUGAUCAGUAGAAGAAUUAGAGACAUAUUUCCAGCAGGAACAUCCUGACUAGCUAAAAGCUUCUUACUGCUAGCCCUAGAAGCUGCUUUCCACUUCUUAUCCCUUUCUAAUUUAUUUAAGGACUGGUCAGUUUUCCAAGUUUUUGCAUCCCACUGAGCACAUUCCCCACAAGUCAACUGAGGAGAGCAAGUUUGAUCCCUACAAUCAGUGGAAAUUGAAUGCAGAUCAUUACAUGCUUUGAUAAGCCUUGUAUUGCAGCCUUUGCUGCAAUACCUAGUACCCUGAGAACUAGUAUCGGACAUACCAAGAUACUACUAAACUCAAGACUAAGACUAGGUCUAAUCGAAAGGCAAAAUUGACAAUUUUGACAAAAUGAGUCCUGUCUGAGCUAAAUGUUGCCAAAAUGGCUACCAAAAUACUUAUCAGAGUACUUCACCAAAUCGUCCAAAGUCAUCAACUGGGAAGUAAAUAAUUCAAAAAUUUCCACUGCCGCUAAACACUGUUGACAGUAACAGCUGGCAGAAACAACCGAUUUUUGUGCUGAGUUGGUUCUUCUCUCCUCCAGUAGUGGGUUGUAUCACUUAGCCAAAACAAAAUAGCACUACCGCAAGAAUUUCAAAAAUUCUAGCUGCUGAUGGAUAGAAAAUAUAGCUAUGCAACUAUUUGGUAAGUUGCAUACAUAAAAUCUUAUUUUAUUAUAAAUAUGUAAUUUUUCCAGGCUAUAAAAGUUAAGACAGCUUUGGGAGAGGCCUGCCUCAGCAAUGCUCAAGACUUGCUUAGUGGUUAAAUGGGAAUCAUAAAAAAAAACUCAUGUAUAAUGUAAAAUGUAUAAUGUUGAAAGUAUCAUUUCACAUCUGCAUAGGCAAAUGAGAUACAGAUGGCUGGAAUUAUGCUUACAAAUUAUGCUAUGCUAUAACCACCCUGCAUUUUUAUUUGUAACAAAUAUACCACUUGCCUUAAUUUUUUUCUCAGUAAUCUGAUAUGUACCUUUCAUUGCUCAUAGAACACAGCCAAAAAUGGUUUGACACUAAUAUAUUAAGGUUGUGAUGACAUCAGUAGACUUUAUUCAUUAAAGUAAUGCAAAUGUUUUUGAAGUCUCACUGCUUACUCUUUAUUGUAGAUAAAAUAGUAAUUACUACUAUACUCUGUUAACACAAGCUUAAAGUAGUACUUACAUAUAUUUUUUUAACUGCUAAAAAGUACAAGAACUUUGUUAUUUUUGAGCUUUUGAUCUGUAUGGUCAAUAUGUCUAUGUAUAACAGCACAGUAUUGUUAUAUGCUUUAAUAUUGUCAAAUGACUAACUUAUUAUAUCAAAGUAUUUUUACAUGGUUUAAAAUAUAACUGGUUCAUUGGGCAAUUAUAUUGCCACUGUACAUGUCAUGUACUUCUUUAUAAAGCUAUCAAUCUCUUACUAAUUAUGUUGUAUUGAGAUAGGCUGCUUUGAUUAUUAUAUCAAUGUGUUGGCAGUUGUCCUGUUUCUACCAGAGAGAUUCAGCAGAAAAAUUGUAAUUUUUAAAAUAAUUUUAUAAUAAUUUUUUCUUAGUGCCUCACCAUCAACCAGCUUUAAUUUCAAUGAUGCAGUCUCAGCUGUACAAUACAAUAAUUUCAGGUAGCUCCUUUGUUUAUUGUGGAACAAGUCACUUGAAGAUUACUGUUUCCUGGCAUUGAAGAUGGUAUUUUUUCAUAAAAUAACUCACUAAUUUCCCACGAGCCAUAGAGGCCAAAGGUUAUGUUUUCCAUCAGUCUAUCCUUACCCCAGAGGCCUUACCCAGAAGAAGAUUUUCUUUGCUAGAGAGUAAUCAGAACUCCUGUGUAUGACCUGUGAAUAAAGUGCAUAAAUUAGUCAUAUAUAAAUAGUAAAUAAACAAAUGUAUCAUGAAAAGAAAAAAAUGUAUGUAGUCACAAAGAUUCAUUCCUGUAUAAGCAGAUUACAGAAAAACUUAGUUUACAGGUGAGGAGUAACUUAAAUGUUAUACAUAUAUGAUUAUCAACAUUACCAGUAUUUUCACCCUUUUAUGACCCUGACUGUUAAAUUGUAAAUUUUACUAUAGCAAGAAUAUUGUAAUCAAAUAAAAAUUAUUGUAAUAAAUUGCUUUUUUAUGACAGUUUCUUCAGAAAUACACACAUUUUUAUACUUGGUAACUCCACAAUGUGUAAAAUAUUUCAAGUUUUAAAUAUUAAAAUGUUCUUUUUUAUUAGUAAUAUUUCAAUUGUGUUAAUUUUAUCCUUUAUUCUAUUUUUAUUUUGAUGUAUUUGGGACAUCAUUUAUGUCAUGUUUUAACCAAGUGUAACUGCGUAGUAUGUUAAUUUGUAUUUCUAAUAUUUCCUAUUAUUAUUAAUAAAUAAUUUAUUAAUUUUGUCCUCUAACCAUAUGUCACCAUAGUACUGAAUAACCAAACCAUUCCAGUACCAGGAUAUCAGACAAACUUUCAUAAACAUCACUAUCAAUAUUCCCUCUGUGGUGCAUCCAAUACUUUCAGAAUAUUAAAAUACUACAUCAAAGUUGAGAGAUACUGUUCAAUUACCUAUAGAAUUACAUAUAAAAAACCAGAGCUUACUAUUUUGACUAUUUUGACCAUUUUUAUUAGUCCAUGUCAAACAUUCCAGAUAUGCAGUGUUAAGACAUUAAUAUAGAUAACUACUUUAGGGUGCAUUUGGGCAUUAAGAGAAGUUUUAAUAUGAUACUUAUGGAGUACAUACUGAAACCUUUGAGCUUAUUUUUUAUUCAGUGGUAAAACACCUACUCUUCUAGUUUCUUAAUAAGGUUGGCAAUAUAAUAAUUUCACUGUUGUAAAUUUUUGUCCUGAUAACUGAAAUUAACCAAAAACAAAUUAAAUUUCAUAAGUAUUGUAAAAUUUACACAAUGAAAAAUAAAUAUAUUUCCUAUUACACUGAUAUCAUUGCUAUUUACACGAAUUUGUUAUUCUUGAACAACCCUACUUGCUUUAGAUGGUGUUAACCCAUCCCUCAACACUUUCCAGAUGUAACUCCAAAGCUACAUGUUAAAUUAUGUACGUAUUGUUAAUGUUAAUUUUAUUAUGUACGUAUUGUUAAUGUUAAUUUUUUCCUUUAAUUUUCUACAGAUGACAUUUGAGGUCUACAUAAUGUUAAAUUAUGUAUUGUAAUGUUAAUUUUUCCUUUAUUUUAUACGGAUGACAUUUGAGGUCACUAAAGUAUUGAAAGGUUGGUUAAUUUGUCUAAAGCUGUUAAAACAUAAAAUGAGAGUAAUUGUAAUUUAAAAUGUUUUAGAAUGAUUAGAUAAGGACAGCUUCAAUCACUGCUUGGUUAUGAAGAUUCAUAUCUGCAAUUAACAUUAGCCAUGUCUUAACUGUAAUUUGUAGAUGUGCUGAUGCCUGUAUCUUUUUAACUAAAAUUUAUUAGCUUUUUACCUUUGAAAUAUAAUUUAAAAUAUGCAGAAGCCCUUUACCUGUAUUAUAAUCUACAAAUAUGUUGAACCAUUCAUCUUUUAAAUGUUUUUUAUGCACUUGUGGAAGCUUUUAUCUAAUGUCACACAUGUAUAGGCUGAAGAACAAACACCUUAAACAAAUGUUGAAUAAACCUGAGAAUGAUGUAAUGGAUGGAUUCUGUCCAGAUGUGUAAAAACUGCCAAUGCCAAAAUGAAUGAUAAAGUUUGUGUAAAGAAACUCCAGUGUAAUAUUAAUAAAUCAAGAAAUUGAU